AGCUGCUGAAUUAUUUAACAUUAGACCGUGUGGGCUCGGCUGCUGAGCCAGGAUGGAGAUGGAGAGAGAGAGCUAGAGAGGGGAUGAAAAGAUGGAGAGAGAGGGGGAAGUAUGGAGGUGUCCGACGCUGCAGGAAGUCGUGAGUCAGCAGGGAGAGAGAGAAACCAGUGGGAGGGAAGACGGAGACGGUUUAUAGAUAGCUUUAGGUGAUACGACUGGAGAGAGUGGCGUCAAAUGCCUCCCGGUGUGUUUGUGUGUGCAUGCGCGUAUCGAUUGAGCAGAGAAGGUCAUGGAGCCGAGAGGAGAUUAGCAAAACUAGACUCGGAGCCCGGGGAGCACGGCGUUCUCGCUAACACCUCCUCUGAAUAGCAGCUAGACAGAGAAAGGAGAGCCAAAAAAAAAAAAGAGAGAUAGAGACAGAGACAAGGCGAAGGACAAGAGGAGCUGUUACAGUAUGGGGGAGAGCUAUAUGUACCAGCGACUCCCCUACACCAGAGGAGAGGAGGAGGGGGAGGAUGAGGACGAAGAGGAGAGAGACAGGAGGAUCAGGGAAAGUGUCGGGGGACAAAUGAUGCAGAGUGAGGAGGGGACAGAGUGGCUGCUGGAGCUGCUGACAGACGUCCAGCUGCAGCAGUACUUCCUGCGGAUCCGCGAUGAGCUCAACGUCACGCGACUCUCCCACUUCGACUACGUCAAGAACGAAGACCUGGAGAAGAUCGGCAUGGGGCGCCCGGGUCAACGGAGGCUGUGGGAGGCGGUCAAGAGGAGAAGAGCCCUUUAUAAACGCAAGUCCUGGAUGAGCAAGGUGUUCCCGGUGAAACGAUCCGACGCCGACCCCCAGCAGCCCCUCCCCCAGGCGGCGUCAUCCACCCAGGCCCCGGCCACUAGCGAGCCGGGAGCCUCCCUCACCUGCCUGAUCAGAGAGUCGGAGCUGCAGCUGUUCGAGCGCCUGGGGGACGGCACGUUCGGAGUGGUGCGCAGAGGAGAGUGGACCGGUCCCAACGGCAUAGUGCUGUCCGUGGCAGUGAAGUGUCUGAAGGCAGGCGUGUUAGACUCAGACGGUCUGGAUGAUUUCAUCAGAGAGGUGAACGCCAUGCAUUCACUGAGCCACCAGAACCUGAUCCGGCUGUACGGCGUCGUCCUCACACAGCCCAUGAAGAUGUUGACGGAGCUGGCCCCUCUGGGCUCCCUGUUGGAUCGUCUCAGGAAGCGUCAGGGUCACAUCCUCAUCUCCUCCCUCUGUAACUACGCCGUGCAGGUGGCCUGUGGCAUGGCCUACCUGGAGCAGAAGCGUUUCCUCCACAGAGACCUGGCUGCCCGCAACGUGCUGCUCUCCACCAAUGAGACGGUGAAGAUCGGAGACUUCGGCCUGAUGAGGGCGCUGCCAACACACACCGACCAAUACAUCAUGGAGGAGGGCCACAAAAUCCCCUUCCCAUGGUGUGCUCCAGAGUCUCUCAAGUCUCGUACUUUCUCUCACGCGUCUGAUACCUGGAUGUUCGGGGUCACUCUGUGGGAGAUGUUCACCCACGGACAGGAGCCGUGGCUGGGCCUUAAUGGGAGCCAGAUCCUCCACAAGGUGGACGUGGAGGCCGAGAGGCUGUGCAAACCAGACGACUGUCCUCAGGACGUCUACAACGUCAUGCUGCAGUGCUGGAGCCCCAAACCCGAGGACAGACCGACCUUCAUCGCCCUCAGAGACUUCCUGCUGGAGACGAUGCCCACGGACAUGAGGGCCCUGCAGGACUUUGAGGAGGAAGACAAGCUGGAGAUUAAAAUGAACGACGUCAUCACCAUCAUAGAGGGGAGGGCAGAGCAUUACUGGUGGCGAGGUCAGAGCAGGCGGACGCUGCGUGUCGGUCAGUUUCCCCGUCACGUGGUGACGUCGGUCGCCGGGUUGUCCGCCCACGACAUCAGCCGACCGCUCAAACACUCGUUCAUCCACACGGGACACGGAGACACGGACCCUCACAGGAGCUGGGGACACGCAGACCGCAUAGACAGUCUGUAUUUGGGGAACCCCAUGGACCCCCCGGAUGUGCUUGGAAUGGACUCGGGUAUUGCGAGACCGACCAAACUUCCCAACCGUGCCAAGAGUAAAUAUAUCCGAGAGCAACCUCCCCCUCGUCCACCUCAGCCUGCUGUUCUGCUGAAGAAGCCAUUCUACGACUCGGUGAUGGACGAUUACGACGACGAUGACGACACCGGCGCGUCGUCGGGGCUGAAGAGGCUGGGAGUGUCCCUGGGUCUGAAGCUCCGGCCCUGGGAGGCGUCCGGUGUGCGCUCGGCCAAAAGCGAGGUGUCGCUCAUCGACUUCACCGACGACAGCUUCAGCUCCACCACGCCCUCGCCGCUCACUGAGACGCAGCAGCCGGAUGAGGACACACUGAAGGACACUCCCUCCAUCCUGGACUGGCCUCUGCCUCAGCCGGCGUACGACGAGGUCGCUGCAGAGCUCGAGGAGGACCAGGAGGUGCGAUCUAUCAACAGGGGACUGACAGAGGAAACCGCGGUCACGCCCGGUGGUGGUAUUGCGGGCAGGAGCGAGUCGCAAUCAGCUGACCUCUUUCAAGAACUGCAGAGAGAGGUGAUGGUGAAGCUGCAGGUUCCCAUGGCAACCGGUCGCUCCCUCCCUUCUUCCCCCCUCCCGAUGCCUCUGGCUCCCUUGGCCCCACACCGACAGAUCUGCCUGCCUCCUCCCUCCCCCUCCUCCACCUACUCCUCCUCCUUCACCUCCUGCUUCGAGGACCGCCCUGUGCUGCCUCCCCGCAGCCCCGUCCCCCCGCUGCGUCCCUCCAAACACGGCGUCUCCAGCCGCAACCCCCACCCGCAGGCGCGCUCCAGCUCCAUAUCUCUGGGGGACGAGGAGGACACGCCCCCCCAGAUCCCACCCAGAGACCACGCCUUCUCUCAGCCAGGCUCCCGCUCCUCCUCUCCCCUCCCGCUGGUGCCGCCGCUCUCCUCCUCGCCCGUGGUGCUGCCUCCUCCUCCCCUCUCCGUCUCCCCUCGCCGGGCGUCUGGGCUCCUGGGUCCCCUCCUGUCCUCCAGUUCCCCUUCCUCCUCCUCUUCCCUGCCUCAAGCCACAUCCCAUCCUUCACGCCUCGCAGCUCCCAGGUCCUCCUCCUCCUACUCCUCCGGCUCUUUACUGGAACCUCUCGCCUUUCGUGAGGGACGUGGCCUGUCCUCGUUGAUUGACAGCCCCCAGAGCUCUGCUCCCGCCCCGCUGCCCGAGAGACCAGCUUUUCUGGAAAGAUACGGAGCAGCCAACAUGGCGGCUGUCAAACCGAUGGUGCACCAGCAGCAGCCCGGCGGGGCCAAGCCAAAUUCCUCCUACAACAACAACAACGGGCGAACUGCGGCUCCCAGCAUGCAACAGGAUCAAAGCAUCACACAGGUGCAAGGAGCAGUACAUGGUGUCACACUGGAAGAGGGUCAGGCCGCUCUGCAGACUCACAACUGGAGCAUCCCUCAGGCCAUAAACCAUUUGAAGGUGGAGCAGCUGUUUCGGCUGGGACUGCGGUCCAGAGCCGAGUGUGAGGAGCUUCUGAAGCGCUGCCAGUGGAACCUGGAACAGGCCAGCACAGUCAUGCUGGACACAUACGGACCACAUCAAAACAGGAAGUGACAGCAGGAUGACACACUGAGCAACAAUCAACAACUGAACCUGAUGCCACUUGGAUUGAAACUGAAAUGUUCGGAUGACUCAUCGACGCAAGGAUUCAAGACGCAGUCGUGCUUUUUAAUGAAUGAAGGAAAAAUAAGGCAGUAUAUGUGCCUCACUUAAUGUACUGUGAAUACCCGCUACUACCUGUGUCAUACAGACGCAUGCUCAUCGUUAGCUAACAGAGCAGCUUGUUGAAUGAGUCACACUAUUUACUUGAACUGUUGCUAUUUAUGUCUUUUUUUUUUUAUUUUUUUUUUUAUUACACGAUUAAUGAGAAUUUAUGUUUCCGCCGAUCGCUACCGCAAACUUUAAGUGGGUGUGAGUAUUGCAUCCGCUCUGAAUGCAUGCGUGUUCAGGUGUGUGUAUGUGUAUGUGCAGGCUGUAGAUGCCCAUGCCAUUUUGCUGUUAACAAAACAAUAUAAAAUCAGGGAAAUGUCAGAUAACGAUAUAGUUGUACUCGUUUGUUUUAUGUAUGCUGUAUUGUAUAUCGCACUUUACUGAGUGUGUCGACACACAAGUGGAUAUUUUUGUUAACUGCUGGUCAGAAGAUGAUGAGCAGUUUAUCUAAUUAGUGCAAUUGAUAAGAAUACUGAUAUUAACUGAUAGCAUAACUGCAUCAUUUGUGUCUUAAAGCUCUCUAGGCUUUAAAUAGACGUGAAUUGCGAGAGGACUCGUGGGUAUCCUUGUCAAAUGAAAGAUCUUAUUGCAAGCAAUAAGAUGCCAAAUGGCAAUGUGCCAAUGUCUACCAUCUCCUCGUGAAUACAGGGUAUUGAGCACUUAGUUAAACCUCUAUAAAUUAGAUAUGUAACGCAACUUAAAGAUGAUGUUUAGUAGAAAAUGAUUGCUGUAUGAUAAUCAUAAACACAUGCUGAAGAGCUUGAUUGCCAUCCAUCUGAAUAAGUAGGCAACUGCUGCGUAUGAGUGUGUGCAUGUGUGCUUAGCGCUGGUCUGGAGGCUAGUAGCCAGCGAUGACCAGACAUUGAUGUUAAGUGUGAUCAUUCAUGGAGAUUUUAUCAGCAGCUAAACAAAAAUAAUGAAUAAGAAAUCGUUCAUUCUUGCAGCUAUCGUGGCUUUAAACAGGCCGUCAGUCACAUUAUUAUUAUCCUCUUUUCCAAAAUGCAGUGUAGGGAGUGAAAAUUAGAAAAGUAAGUGAAUUUCAGAACACCCACUCAAGUGUGGCAAAUCUAAUUCUUACUCAUGUUUUCUGUGUGUUUGUGUGUGUGUGUGUGUGUGUGUGUGUGUGUGUGUGUAAGCUGUAAGCUCUUUCAGUCACAAUGUUUUAUGUGACUCCGACUGCAUUAUACUGUAUAAUCAGAGCAGCUUAUAAAUGCAAAUAUGGCCUCCACUGUUUUAUAAUAAAUUGAAAUUUGAGUCAUUUUCUUUUCAGAA